AUGGUUCGCCGGAUCAUGAUCCUCUCGCCGGAGUCUGAGCUCAAGAGAGGCAGUAUCUACUUCUUGAUCCCGGCGACUUCUGUCCUGGACAAGAAGAAGAACAAGAAGAUCAUCCAUCCAGCUACCAAAAACCCAUCCAAGAAGAUGAUGAGCAUGAGAGUGUACCACGUUAAUGCCACCGUCGUCGGAGAAAAAGUCUCGCCCGAUGUCGUGCCGCCGUCGGAGAAGAAGUCAUUUGUAACAAGGUAUAUCUACCAUGAUGUUUUGAGGUUGAAGGAUGCUGAGAAAUUGCUGGACUGUGUUUCUGUUCAAUCUUAUAUUAGUAAUAGUGAGAAAGUUGUGUUUCUGAAUGAAAGACCGAUCACAAGGCCUUGCAGAGGCUAUGCAAAGCUUUGCAUUAUCUAUGACAGAGCCGUUCAAGAAUCGUUCCUCUUCUGCUCCAUCUCCUUGGUGAUGCCGGAGCCGGGGUUCGGAGAUGACCUGUUCACGCCGGAGACCGUCCACGAACCCACGGCUUCCAUCAGCGCGGGCUCCGCUUCCAGCUUUUCCGCCGGAGGAAUCGAGUGCCGAAUACUUGGUAGCAUGCUAGAACCGCCGGAGAAAUAUUCCUUGGAGUGA